UGUAUUAAGUCUGUGAUAUAACAAAGUAUCAUGAGUUUCAACGACAAAGUGGUUCUUGUGACUGGUGGGAGCUCUGGUAUUGGAGCCGCCACCGCCAUCGAAUUUGCUGCUAAAGGUGCCAAAGUAGCGAUUGUGGGACGCAAUCAGGCGAAGCUCUCAGAAGUAGCAAAAAAAUGCAACAAUCCUCUAGUCAUUAUUGCCGACUUUGAAAAAGAAGACGAUGUCAAGAAAAUUGUCGCAGAAACUGUAAAGCGUUUUGGGAAACUGGACAUCCUGGUAAAUAACGCCGGAACCGUGAGCUUAGGAGGAAUUAAGGACGAGAAUGCUAUGGAAGUCUACAACAAAGUAAUGACGACAAACCUCCACUCAGUCGUCCUUCUCACACAUCUUGCUGUACCCCAUCUUACAGCAACCAAGGGAAACAUUGUAAACAUCUCGAGCAUCGCUUCAACGGUAUACACCCAUGGCUUUGUCGGUUUCGCGUACGGGUUGUCAAAGGCUGGCUUAGAUUAUUUCACUAAAUCGAUGGCUUCAGAAUUGGCACCUGCAGGUGUUCGUGUAAACUCUAUCAACCCAGGCCCUGUAAGAAGCGAUAUUAUUAUGAAAUUGGGAGUCGAGCAAAAAGAAAUGGAUGCAGCUUGGGUGAAGUUAGGGGAUACAACAGCUCUGAAACGGGUUUCUGAAACAAAAGAAAUUGCUGACUUAAUUUUAUUUUUGGCCGGUGAUACUGGUAAAGGAAUUACUGGUUCAGUAAUUAUCAGUGACAACGGUGCUUUGGUUAAAUCUAUUUUUUAAUUUAAUCACAUUGUGUCCUUAAUUAAAUUUAAUUUCACAUGUUUCAUCACCACUUGCUGUACUGCAAGUGUAAGCAGUUUGGCACAUGACCUAUUUGAUGUACUUGUUAUGUUGGAACAUUUUUCAUUUAAAUGAAUCAUAGAUGAAAUUUUUCGGGGGUCUAAUGACUUUGCCAUAAGAAUCUUAUUUUGGAAAGGUGCUCCUUGUACACUUGUUUGUUUUAUUGUAAAAAAAUAUAAUUAUUAAAAUUAUGUUAUAAA